GCCAUGGGCUUGGGCUCCUCUGAGUGUAUCCUCUUGGCCGUCAUGGCUUAUGACCGCUAUGCUGCUGUGUGCCGGCCACUGCACUACACAGCCAUGAUGCACCCCAGGCUCUGUGCGUCUCUGGCCAGUGUAGCAUGGCUCAGCGGCCUCAUUACCUCCCUGGUUCAGAGCUCCCUCACUGUGCAGCUGCCCCUCUGUGGUCAUCGCAAACUGGAUCAUAUUUUCUGUGAGGUGCCAGUGCUCAUCAAACUGGCCUGUGUGGAUACGACUUUCAACCAGGCAGAACUCUUUGUGGCCAGUGUAGUCUUUCUCAUAGUCCCGGUGUUACUCAUCUUAGUCUCCUAUGGCUUGAUCGCCCAAGCUGUGUUAAGGAUACAAUCAGCUGCGGGGCGCCAAAAGGCCUUUGGGACCUGUUCCUCUCACCUGGUUGUGGUCAUCGUUUUCUAUGGGACCAUCGUAUUCAUGUACCUUCAACCGGCCAAUAGUAGAUCCAAAAACCAGGGGAAGUUUGUUUCUCUUUUCUAUACCAUAGUCACCCCCCUUUUAAACCCCAUUAUCUACACUCUGAGAAACAAAGAUGUGAAAGGGGCCUUGAGGACCCUGAUACUGGGAAAUGCUGUUGGACAAGCCACGGGAACUAGUAAAACACCUGGAAUUGUGAAGAAGCGGAACACGCCAAGGCCGAGUGAGGGUUCCUUGUCCCCAGACAUUCCUCU